UUAAUAUGAUUUCUUUAAGCAAGGAACUUCUGCUAUCGAAACAUAAAUCCUUGCUAUAUGAGUAAAAACUUAAAUAGUUCUGUAUCUGAGUAAAAAUAUAAGCAUAGAGAUAGAAAAAGUUCUUUCUGACGAGGAACAGAAACACAUCAUAACUCUUGAUUGGUGAACAAGAUGUCAAUGUUCAUACAUCAUUGAGUAUUAAGGAUGACAGCUUUUAGCUUUUUACAAAAUAACCGUAGCCGUAAUAAUCAUAAGUAAAAUGGUACACAAUAUUUAUAUUUCCUACAGUAUCAGUGUUAUUGAUGUAUAAUGCCGCCCAAACCGAGAAAUGACACUGAGCAUAAGAAAAGCGUAUUAGUUGUGCCCAGUAGAGUAGUAAGCAGGCCAGAUGAACUCGAAGGGGGCGAAGAGACAGAAAUCGCAGCUCAAAUAUCUGUACCGGAGGAGGGAGGCUGGGGAUGGGUAGUAGUUAUAGCUGCUUUCUGCUGUAUCAUGAUAUUAGAUGGAGUUUGUUUCACAUUUGGAAGUAUGAUUCAAGAUAUCAAGAACGAUUUCCAGACAACAGAUUCAAAAGUCGCUUUUGUUAAUUCCUUGGCAGUCGCGUUAUAUUUUUUAUUAGGACCUCUAGCAUCAGCAUCUAUAAAUCGAUUUGGAUUUAGACUAUGUUGUAUGUUUGGUUCUGUCGUUGUAUCUUGUUCGUUACUUUGUUCAUACUUUACCACUAAUUACAUUUCUCUCUGUGUCUUUUAUGGAGCAUUCGCUGGCUUGGGUUAUUGUUUUAUAAAUUUAUCAAGUGGUCUUAUAGUAGGCUUUUACUUUGAGAAACUACGUGCAAUAGCGUUAGCAAUAGCUGCAACUGGGUCAAGCGUUGGGAUUGCUGUUAUGUCUCCAGUAAAUACAUACUUAAUCAGUGUAGCCGGUUGGAGAGUCACAACUUUAUUUCAUACGGGAUUAUUUGGUAUAAUAUAUUUUAUGGGAAUGACAUAUAGGCCUCUUUUAUCGUUGACAGUGAUCACAACCACCGAUGACCCAACUCGCACUGUUACUUAUUUGCCAAAUCUAGCUUCUGUAAGUCAAAGUACUGGUUCACGCGCAAACAAUGGAGGCGGGUUAAUACCAACUGCAACAGAAAGAUUAUUUAGUGCAGUAUCAAAUGCAAAUUUUCCAACAGCAGCAUCUGUCGUAGUAGAAGGUUUAUCUUCAAGUCCAACACAACCAGGUCCAUCGACAGCUGCAGCUGUAUCAAGGAUAACAUUAACAGCUCACAGUCCUCAUGGGGGAAUAAGCAGACGUCAGUUAAAACAAGUGCAAUCAAUUAUAUCAAGGACUAGUGUUCAAGAUAAAUCGAAAAAGAACGUAGAGGUUACGCUUAAUAUUGAUGAGCCUAAAAAAAGAAAAUGGUGGCAAAGAUUAUGUCAUUGGGAAUCACACGUUCCAGAAUCCCGACCAAUGUAUAGAGAUGAUGCUUUCUAUGAUGGCAAAAUAGAAAAAUUACCUGAAUAUCAAAAGAGUAUGAUGGAUACAGGAGAAGCGAAAACAGGGUUAGAAUAUCAAAUGGCUGUAUCUAGAGCAGUUACUGCUGUUGAUUUAAAGGAAAGGAGAGGUGUUUUUACCACUGCUGCUCGGCGAGUAUUAGCUACAAUGGUCGACCCAAAACUACUAAGUAGAAAAUCGUUCUUACUUUUAAGCUCUAGCGGGUUUAUUGUUUAUUUGGGCUACUUAGUCCCUUAUGUAUUUAUUCAAGAUCGUAAUCGAUCCGCCGGAAUAGAUGAUUAUCAUUGUAAUAUAUUUGUAACCGUGAUUGGAGUAGCAAAUGCUGUGGGCAGAUUGGUGAUGGGAGCAUUAACUAGUAAGUUUGAUUCAUUAACAUUAUACUCAGUCGCGUGUUGUUCGGCUGGAACAGCAACUAUACUAUCUACUAUAUCUUAUAGUUUAUAUUACCAAUACGGUUAUUGUGUUAUAUUUGGAUUUUUUAUAUCUAGCUUUGCGAGUUUAAGAAGUAUAGUUGUCGUUUCUAUAUACGGAUUAGAUAAAUUAACUAAUGCUACAGGUUUAUUACUGUUAUUUCAAGGUUGUGGAAGCUUGAUAAGUACUCCAAUGGCAGGAAUAUUAAAAGAAAAUUUUGACUAUAAAAUUUCGUUUUAUAUAGCUGGCAUGUUUAUGUUGUUAGGUGGUAUUAUCGCUAUUCCGGUAAGAAUAUUAGCCAGCAGGGAAGAUGAGCGUGAACAUGAGAUGAAAAAAUAUACACAAAGCUACAAAAAUAAAAACUAAUUAUGUGAUACGAAAACUCCAAUCCGGUCAAUCUAGACGUUCAAAAUUAAAGUAAUACCAGGAAUUAAAAAAAUUAAAUCUCAAAAUUUCUAUGCUUCCAUCGCUCCGAUACAUGAAAAAAAAAAUAUUUGAGCUCGAAGGGGAUAAAAUGAGAUUAACGUGAUUUUCUUUUAACCGUUAAGUUAUCAAUUUAAAUUAUAAUGAAAAUAAACAAAACAGACAAACAUUUAUUCAUCUUGCUCUGCGCCAACGUCAAUCUCCUGUCUGGUUUCCUUCCCCCAAAUGUUGACUACGAGUAGAAGAGAUUGCAUUAGCGAUAAGUCCUUUGUACCAUCUCUGUUUUGUAUAUUUAACUCUUAUGAUGCAAUAAAGACUUUUAUAUACCUAACUAUACAAAAUAUCAUAAUAUACCUACUUACACAACAUACACACACAAUAAUUAUUACACAUAUUAAAAUCUAGGUACAAUUUUGGCCCGAAGUAAUUUUACGAUCAACCGACUUAACGUUUUAAAGAAAAUCGAGAAUUUACUUUACUUUUGACCCCAUAUAAGUUUUUUUUUUUCAUUAUAAGUAUAUUUUUCAUUAUAGAUAUAUAAUUACAUUGUUAAUUAUGUUUUUUGCAAUUUCACUUACCUACCUACUUUAUGCUGAUUGUGAUUUUAUUUGAUAACUACCCUCGCUCUUUUUUUUGGUCUAGUUUGAAGUGUGGGAGAGAUAUAUUCAAAUAAUUCGUUGUAUACUUACUUAUAACGAUUUACAAGUAAGCUUUGUAAUCAACUA